AUGAGAGAAGCCAAUUCUAAGAAAAUAGAGGAAACAAGGUUUUUAUAUGAGAAUAAAUCUUUAAAUGACUAUGAAUUGGAGGAUAAGGACCAGAAGGCUUUAUUAGGAUGUAUGAAUAAGAGAUCAUAUGAAGAUGUUAAGCUUUCGUUACAGAUAAAGUCAUAUUAUGAGAUAGAUGAGGAAGAAUUAUGUUUAGAGGAAUCUACAAGCGGAGAAAGUGGAAUUGAUAGUAGUAAUGUUGAUAGAUAUGGAUUUUUUUCAAUACGUCAAAAGCUUCCAAAAGAAAAGAAUAGAACUAUGUUACAAUUUGGUCUUUUAGAACUUGGGAAUGUAUUUUUUAGAAGAGGGAAACGUAUAGUUCUUGAAAUUCCUCAUGGUUUUUAUUUUGAUCAAUUAUUGAAUCAAGAUAAUCUUAUAUGGUAUAAAGAGGGUUAUGAUGUUAAUAAAAAGGAAAUCAAUAGAAUUGAAAAAUGGAGGAAUAUGGCAGAAAUUUUUAGAACUAAUGGGAAUACUGAAUAUUCAUUUUUAAAUACAAAAAAGCUUAUUAAUAGAGUUUUUAAAGGAAUACCAGAUUCCUGGAGAUCGGCUGCAUGGUAUGCUUUUUUAUCACAUUCUGCAAAAAAAAACAAGAGUAAAUAUAGUGAUUGUGAAUUAAAGUUGAAAUAUUAUGAACUUCUUCAACUUCCAUAUGCUCAGGAUUUUCAAAUUGAUCUUGAUGUUCCUCGUACUAUAAACGGGCAUGUUUUUUUUCAAAGACAAUAUCGAGAUGGACAACGACUUCUUUUUAGAGUUUUACAUGCUUUAUCUCUUUUUUAUCCAGAAACCGGUUAUAUACAAGGAAUGGCUUCUUUAGCUGCUACAUUUUUAUGUUACUAUGAUGAAGAGUCUGCUUUUAUUAUGUCAGUCAGACUAUGGGAAGAAAGAGGAAUUUUAUCUAUUUUUUCUAAUAGCUUUAAAAAUCUUUUUGCAUGUUUUAACGAAUUGCAAAAUAGACUCUUAAAAACAAAAGUUGGGAAAAAAUUGUUUUCCCUUGGAAUUGAUAUAUCUACAUUUACUACAAAAUGGUACUUGACUCUUUUUAAUCACUCUUUAUCCUUUUCUACUCAAUUGCGGAUUUGGGACGUAUUUAUAUGGUAUGAUACUAAUGAAAAAAAUAAACUAGAGAUAUUGCACAUAACAGCUAUGUCUUUAAUAUUGGCAAUGAAAGAUACACUUAUGAAGGCUAAUUUUGAAACUGCUAUGAGACUUUUAACCUCCAGAAUACAUGUUAUAGACGACGAUGCUUUUUUAGAUCUUAUUAAAUCUCAUUGGAAAUUAAUAAAGAAUACAUAA